AUGGAACAAAUACGUGAGUUGAUGGACAAGGUUGCGAAUGUUCGUAACAUGUCCGUCAUUGCUCACGUCGAUCACGGUAAAUCUACUUUAACUGAUUCUUUGGUUCAAAAAGCUGGUAUUAUUUCCGCUGCCAAGGCAGGUGAAGCCAGAUUUACUGAUACUAGAAAAGAUGAACAAGAAAGAGGUAUCACUAUCAAGUCUACUGCUAUUUCCUUGUUUGCAUCAAUGGAUGACUCUGAUGUGAAAGAAAUCAAGCAAAAGACUGACGGUAACGAUUUCUUGAUUAACUUAAUCGACUCUCCAGGUCACGUUGAUUUCUCUUCUGAAGUCACUGCUGCUUUGCGUGUUACUGAUGGUGCGUUAGUCGUCGUUGACUGUGUUGAAGGUGUUUGUGUUCAAACAGAAACCGUUUUGAGACAAGCUUUAGGUGAAAGAAUCAAACCAGUUGUUUGUAUUAACAAAGUUGAUCGUGCUUUGUUGGAAUUGCAAGUCUCCAAGGAAGAUUUAUACCAAUCUUUCUCUAGAACAGUCGAAUCUGUUAACGUCAUUAUUUCAACUUAUGUUGAGCCUGUUUUAGGUGAUGCUCAAGUAUACCCAGAUAAAGGUACUGUUGCUUUUGGUUCUGGUUUACACGGCUGGGCUUUCACCGUUAGACAAUUUGCUAGCAGAUACUCUAAAAAGUUCGGUGUUGAUAGGAUUAAGAUGAUGGAAAGAUUGUGGGGUGACUCAUACUUUAAUCCUAAGACCAAAAAGUGGACUAACAAGGACAAGGAUGCUGAUGGAAAGCAAUUGGAAAGAGCUUUCAACAUGUUCGUUUUAGAUCCUAUUUUCAGAUUAUUUGCUUCCAUUAUGAAUUUCAAGAAAGAUGAAAUUCCAACCUUAUUGGAGAAAUUGGAAAUUAAUUUGAAAGGUGAUGAAAAAGAAUUGGAAGGUAAGGCAUUGUUGAAAGUUGUUAUGAGAAAGUUCUUACCAGCUGCUGAUGCCUUAUUGGAAAUGAUUGUCAUCCACUUGCCAUCUCCAAUUACUGCUCAAGCUUACAGAGCUGAGACCUUGUAUGAAGGUCCACCAGAUGAUGCAGCUUGUAAUGCUAUCAGAAACUGUGAUCCAAAGGCUGACUUAAUGUUGUAUGUUUCCAAGAUGGUUCCUACAUCCGAUAAAGGUAGAUUCUACGCUUUUGGUCGUGUUUUCGCCGGUACUGUUAAGUCAGGUCUUAAGGUUAGAAUCCAAGGUCCAAACUAUGUUCCAGGUAAGAAAGAAGAUUUAUUCAUUAAAGCUAUUCAAAGAACUGUUUUGAUGAUGGGUAGAUUUGUUGAGCCUAUCGAUGACUGUCCUGCCGGUAACAUUGUCGGUUUAGUUGGUAUUGAUCAAUUCUUGUUGAAAUCUGGUACCAUCACUACUUCCGAGACUGCUCAUAAUAUGAAAGUCAUGAAGUUCUCUGUCUCUCCAGUUGUGCAAGUCGCUGUUGAAGUUAAGAAUGCCAAUGAUUUACCAAAAUUGGUAGAAGGUUUGAAGAGAUUGUCCAAAUCUGAUCCAUGUGUGUUGACCUACAUGUCACCUUCUGGUGAGCAUAUUGUCGCAGGUACUGGUGAAUUACAUUUGGAAAUUUGCUUAUCAGAUUUGGAAAACGAUCACGCUGGUAUUCCAUUGAAGAAAUCUGAUCCUGUUGUCUCUUACAAAGAAACCGUUGAGGCUGAGUCAUCUAUGGUUGCUUUGUCGAAGUCUCCAAACAAGCAUAACAGAAUUUAUGUCAAAGCUCAGCCUCUUGAUGAAGAAGUUUCUUUAGAUAUCGAAAGAGGUGUUGUCAACCCAAGAGAUGAUUUCAAGGCCAGAGCUAGAAUUUUGGCUGACAAACACGGAUGGGAUGUCACUGAUGCCAGAAAGAUCUGGUGUUUCGGUCCAGACGGUAACGGUCCUAACGUUGUCGUUGACCAAACUAAGGCUGUUCAAUACUUACACGAAAUCAAGGAUUCCGUUGUUGCUGCUUUCCAAUGGGCAACCAAGGAAGGUCCAAUUUUCAACGAGAAUGUCAGAUCUCUCAGAGUUAACAUCUUGGAUGUUACCUUGCAUGCUGAUGCUAUUCACAGAGGUGGUGGUCAAAUCAUCCCAACUAUGAGAAGAGUUACCUACGCUGCCAUGUUGUUGGCUGAACCAGCUAUACAAGAACCAGUUUUCUUGGUUGAGAUUCAAUGUCCUGAGAAUGCCAUUGGUGGUAUUUACUCUGUCUUGAACAAGAAGAGAGGUCAAGUUGUUUCUGAAGAGCAAAGACCAGGAACUCCAUUGUUCACAGUUAAAGCUUACUUACCUGUCAACGAAUCAUUCGGUUUCACUGGUGAAUUGAGACAAGCUACUGGAGGUCAAGCAUUCCCACAAAUGAUGUUCGAUCACUGGUCCGCCAUGAGUGGUGACCCAACCGAUCCAACCACCAAGCCAGGUGCUAUUGUCAGAGCAAAGAGAGAGCGUAAAGGUUUGAAGCCUGAAGUUCCAGGUUACGAAGAAUACUAUGAUAAGUUGUAA